ACGUGGUCUGUUCUGCACGCCGCGAAAAUGUGUACACAUGCAUGAUGAUUAAGAUGCAUUUGUUUUCCGUGCUUUGUUAAUUAUUUGAAUAUGUUUACGAAAUGAUAUAUCAGAUAUAUUAUAGGAUAACUGACACGAGGAGAUUGUAGAGGAUGGGAGCUUAUCUGUCUACUCCAAAUACUGAAAAAAUAUCCAUUGACAAAGUCUCCAAAAGGUUUUGCUAUGGAGCUUCCUCUAUGCAAGGUUGGAGGGUUUCACAAGAGGAUUCACAUAACUGCAUUGAUGACUUAGAUGAAGAUACUGCUCUCUUUGCUGUAUAUGAUGGACAUGGAGGGUCUGAGGUUGCCCAGUAUGCUUCACUGCAUUUUCCGGAUUACAUCAAGCAACAUCCCCUUUUCAAAGAAGGCAAACUGAAGGAGGCGCUAGAAAAUGCAUUUCUUGAAUUUGACCAGAAAUUGCUGGAGAAGGAGGCAUGUGAUGAAAUGAGAGUUUUGGCCGGAAUAGAUGAAGAGAGGGAUGAAGAAGCCAAAAGGAAAAUGAAAAUAGAAGCAGACAUUUUGAGAACAGAGGCUGACAUGCCCUUAGAAGAUUUAUUGGCCAAGUAUGAAGGAUGCCCACAGCCCAGAUUAUUAAAGAGAAAUCGUGGAAGUGGAAAAGUAAAUUCUCCCAUGUUAAAAGGGAAGAAGGAGUCUAAGUUUACAGCAAUGUGUGCAGUGGAAAUAGAAGAGGCAGCAGGCGGCUCCGCUGAGUCAGAAACCUCCUGGACACGAGAUAAGCUGGCUAAUGGACACGCCGAGAAUGAAAACAAUUUAAACAGGGAGAAAGAGCAAAAUGAAAGUAAUCAAAUGUUGAAUGAUCAAAAUGAAUGUGAAAGUGAGGACCUCAAAUCCGAUGUUAAAUGCCCAAUGGAUAGUGCUGUAGGUUCCUCUUCAUCUAGUUCUCAGCCGUGUGUAUCUUCUAGUUCAGAUGGACCCUCUAAGUCUGAGGAAUCAGCAGGGUCCAUAUCGGACAGUGGUGACGUUAAACAAGAAUCUUCAGUGGUAGACAAUGUAUCAUCAUCC